AACCAGAGCCGACGCAUGCGCGGUAAUCGCCGGAACGAGGCGGGGGUGACGCAGGCGCGGUACCAGGCGAACUGGCGGUUGAAUCUCGUACAUGGAUAUUUGAACCUCGGGAUUCUGGUGAGCAGGAAAAGGCUUUGUGUGGAGGAGAAGAUGCUGUUUCUCAGACAGACUAUCCCGGCAGUGAUGAGAGUUACCAGCAGUCACUUCUGUCAGUGGGAGGGGGUUGCGAGGCCACCCCUGGAGCACGUGAGGAGGACUUUCUGCCAGAGGGCGAGACGUGGCCCUUGUCUACUUGUUUGCAGUAAGCGAGCGGCGAUGGGGUGGAACUGCUCACUGCGUGCCUUCAGCACAGACCCGCAUGCAGUGGAGGAACUCUUCGCCCGAGGCUCGCUUCAGCAAUACCUGGAGAGGCUGGAGAGCGAGUACAUGGCCUCCCAGCAGCGACUGCAAUCAGCCCAGGCUUCGGAGGAGGAGGUGAAGGGGGCUGGGAAGAGGGCGAGGGAGCUGGCUCCACUGGUGACGGAGCUGCAUGGGCUGAGGGUCAAAGUACAGGAGCUGGAGGACAUCGAGACGCUGAUGAAAGAUGAAGAUGCAGACCUGAGGAAACUGGCAGAGAGUGACUGGAAUUCCUGUCAGGAAGACAUCCGAGCUUUGAAGCACAAGCUCAUGGGAUCUGAACAGGUGGAAAUGGGGAAUCAGGGGGAGCAAGAGAAUGGAGGCGAAGGCAGCCAGCCCAAGGAAGUGUCCCAUCAGAGUCCAACCACCCACGGCUUGAGCUGGUACUGCUGCUGCUCACGCUUCGCUCUCAGGAAAGAAAACGAAGAGGACAACAGCACGCAGCCGGCCUUUGAAGCGGGUGCAAUAGAGGACAAGUUAGAGGCCAAAACUGAAACGCAAGUGGUGGUCACGAUAGAGACACAGGCAGAAACUGUGAAGGACCCAGACAAAGUAGACAUCCCAGAGCUCCCAGAUGAAGUAGACAUCCCAGUGAUUCCAGACAAAGUGGACACUCCGGUGAUUCCAGACAAAGUGGACACUGCAGUGAUUUCCGACAAGGUUAAUACUCCAAUGGAAGCUGAAAUGGAACCCAAUGUGGAGGCCACAGAACCCACGAAAGAGAGCUUUGAGUUCCCUGCAGUAAGUGAAUUGGUAUCGUGGGCUAACUCCUUUGACACUCUGAUGAAGACUCGGGUCGGGAGGAAUACCUUCCAAGAAUUCCUGCGCACUGAGCACAGCGAAGAGAAUAUGCUCUUCUGGCUGAUCUGCGAGGACUUCAAAAAGGAAAAGGACAUGAAGGUGGUUGAAGAAAGAGCGAAAACUAUAUAUGAAGCCUAUGUUUCCACAUUAUCCCCCAGAGAGGUGAGCCUCGACUCUCACGCCCGGCUAGUUGUCCAUAAGAACCUGCUGAAACCAUCGCCGCAGAUGUUCAAUGAGGCACAGAUUCAGAUCUACUCCCUCAUGCACAGGGAUUCCUUUCCCAGGUUCCUGAACUCUGAGAUGUACAAGACUCUAGUUCAAAAGAGGAAGCCUUCUAUUGCAGCCACUGAGAACCCCUGCCCAUCACUCCCAGAGGGAGAGGAGUCAGGGAACAUGCCAUUCCCACAGGGAGAAGAUCCAGGCAACACAUCACUCCCAGAGGGAGAGGAACUAGGGAGCACAUCACUCACACAAGGAGGGAGCCAGAGAACACAAAAUGACAUCAAGAUUCAGAGCAACGGAACGAUUUAAAGACCCCCAAAAAACUCAUUAUAGAGCGAGGGUUUACUGAUAUGUCCAGCAGGACCUUCUCAGUUAGGAAAAAAACAGAGUUAAAAUGUACUGAUAUAGAUCCCCUAUCACGUC